GACACAGUCAAGGUCUUGAUCAAGUCGAAUAGCAAUCACUCCUAAAGGUCGCCGCGAACCUGGCCCCUACCCCUACCGUAUCACAAUGGGUCGCAACCAGGAGGACGACCGUUCCAACAAGCGGCGCAAGCUGGACUUCAACCCCCUCCGCUCCGAUGACCGAUUCGGGGACCUCCCGUCUCGCUCCCACGGUCGCCCGCGAAACGGCAACGGGUCCUUCCCCGCUCGCGACUCCACGCCGCGGGCAGGCUCGAGGCACGCGGGCGGGUCGACGCCGCGGCAGACCGAGUUUGAUGGGCAGGAGCCGGGAGUCACGGACCAGGCGGCCGUCAACGCGCUCGACCGGGACUGGUACGGCGGCGACGACGACCUGGGCGGGCACACGUUCGGCGACGACUCGCACAACCCGUUCGGCGACGGCAGCGGCUGGGCGGCGCAGGAGAGGGAGGCGGCCCUCGUCGAGAAGAAGGUGGCCCAGUUCUCCAAGGGGAUGAGCGCCCGGCAGAUACAGAAGCAGAAGGACGUCGAUGCCUGGGAGACCAACCGGAUGCUGACGUCGGGCGUGGCGCAGCGGAGGGACCUCGGGGAGGACUUUGAGGACGAGCAGGAGGGAACGAGGGUCCAUCUGCUGGUCCACGACCUGAAGCCGCCCUUCCUGGACGGGAAAACCAUCUUCACGAAGCAGCUGGACCCUGUGCCGGCGGUGAGGGACAACCAGAGCGACAUGGCGGUGUUCAGCAGGAAGGGGAGCAGAGUGGUGAGGGAGCGAAGGCAGCAGAGGGAACGCCAGAAGCAGGCACAUGAGGCCACGAACGUGGCCGGGACCGCCCUGGGGAACUUGAUGGGGGUUAAGGAGGAGGACACCGAUAGUGCCCUGCCCGUCGCCACAGAAGACGAGGUCACCAAGACGCAGCAAAACGGGAAAACCUCGUCGAACAAAUUCAGCGACCAUGUGCGGAAAUCGGAGGGUGCGAGCGCCUUCAGCCAGAGCAGGACGCUGAAAGAGCAACGCGAGUAUCUUCCGGCGUUUGCCGUCCGAGAGGACUUGCUCCGUGUCAUCCGAGACAACCAGGUCGUCAUUGUGGUGGGCGAGACCGGCUCGGGCAAGACAACGCAGCUCACCCAGUUCCUGUAUGAGGACGGUUACGGGAAGCUUGGCAUGAUCGGAUGCACACAGCCGAGGAGAGUCGCCGCAAUGAGCGUCGCGAAGCGUGUUGCGGAGGAGAUGGAAGUGAAGCUUGGAGGUACAGUCGGGUACGCCAUUCGGUUCGAGGACUGCACGAGCAAGGAGACUGUGAUCAAGUACAUGACCGACGGUGUCCUGCUUCGGGAGUCGCUCAACGAGACCGAUCUCGAUCGGUACUCGUGCGUGAUCAUGGACGAGGCUCAUGAGCGAGCCCUUAACACCGAUGUUUUGAUGGGCUUGUUCAAAAAGAUCCUCCAGCGGCGCCGCGAUCUCAAGCUGAUCGUCACGUCGGCGACGAUGAACUCCAAGAGGUUCUCCGACUUCUAUGGCGGAGCGCCCGAGUUUAUCAUUCCUGGGAGAACCUUCCCAGUAGACGUCAUGUUUCACCGUUCUCCCGUUGAAGAUUAUGUGGACCAAGCUGUGCAGCAAAUCCUCAGCAUCCACGUCUCCAAAGGCCAGGGGGACAUUCUAGUCUUCAUGACUGGCCAGGAGGACAUUGAGGUUACUUGCGAGCUGGUCCAAGAGCGACUGAACGCGCUCAACGACCCCCCGAAGCUGAGCAUCCUGCCCAUCUACAGUCAGAUGCCUGCGGAUCUGCAGUCCAAGAUCUUCGACCGAGCCGCGCCCGGCGUACGGAAAUGCAUCGUCGCCACCAACAUUGCCGAGACCAGUCUGACAGUCGACGGCAUCAUGUACGUCGUGGACGCAGGCUAUUCAAAGCUGAAGGUCUACAACCCCAAGAUGGGCAUGGACACGCUUCAGAUCACGCCCAUCUCACAGGCAAACGCCAAUCAACGAUCCGGGCGUGCGGGGAGGACUGGUCCUGGCCAAGCUUACCGUUUAUUUACGGAGAAAGCGUACAACGACGAGCUCUAUAUCCAAACCAUACCUGAAAUCCAGAGGACUAAUCUCAGCAAUACUGUCCUCCUUCUAAAGUCCCUGGGAGUCAAGGAUCUCCUCGACUUUGACUUCAUGGAUCCUCCGCCACAGGACGUAAUCAGUACGUCCCUGUUCGAUCUGUGGGCCCUGGGAGCUCUGGACAAUCUCGGCGAUCUUACCGAGCUGGGACGCAAGAUGAACGCCUUCCCCAUGGAUCCCUCCCUGGCCAAGCUUCUCAUCACGUCGGUAGAGUACGGGUGCAGCGAAGAGAUGGUGACGAUCGUCUCGAUGCUCUCCGUCCCGAACGUCUUCUACCGCCCCAAGGAGCGCCAGGAGGAGUCGGACGCGGCCCGCGAAAAGUUCUUCGUGCCCGAGUCCGACCACCUUACCUACCUACACGUCUUCUCUCAGUGGAGGGCCAACGGCUACAGCGACGGCUGGUGCAUACGCCACUUUCUCCAUUCCAAGUCGCUACGCCGCGCAAAGGAGGUGCGCGACCAGCUGCUGGACAUCAUCAAGAUGCAGAAAAUGGCCAUGAUCAGCUGCGGGACGGACUGGGACACCAUCCGGAAGUGCAUCUGCUCGGGCUACUACCACCAGGCCGCCAAGGUGAAGGGCAUCGGCGAGUACAUCAACCUGCGGACGAGCGUGACGGUCCAGCUGCACCCCACCAGCGCGCUCUACGGCUCGGGCUUCCUGCCCGACUACGUCGUCUACCACGAGCUCAUCCUGACGUCCAAGGAGUACAUGUCCACCGUCACGGCCGUCGACCCGCACUGGCUGGCCGAGCUGGGUGGCGUCUUCUACUCCAUCAAGGAGAAAGGCUACUCGGCCCGCGAGAAGAGGAUCACCGAGACCGAGUUCAACAGGAAGAUGGAGAUCGAGGCCAAGAUGGCAGAAGACAAGAGGAGGCACGAGGAGCGCAUCCAGGCCGAGGAGGAACUCAAGUUGGUGAAGAAACCCGGGAAAUUUAGUGCCAAGAUCAACAAGACUGUCACUUCUGGCGAGGUGGUGAAGCCGGUCAGGAAGAGGGCAGGAAGAGGCUUCUAAGCCUUCAGGCCCCCGGGUUGCCUUGCCAGGCACAGAUAGAGAUCGUUCCACCCGCUUUAAUUUGCCGGCUUCUUCCGUGUGCUCGUGCCCUCAAGAGAAGUUGGUCCCUCCCUAGCCAUUGCAUAUACCAUUUGAGG